AAAAAAAAGGGGGGGGGAGAGGCUUAUUAGAAUGUACUUCCUUCUGCUUUUCUUUUUCACCUGUUUUAUGUGCCCUUUAAUGACUUCUGAACGUGGGUAAGAAUAGCAACACAUGUAAACAGUUUGACCAGGGUGUGUGCGGGCUGGAGAGAGGGUGGACCAUUACAGUGCUAAUGCAUAGACAUUUGGGCUAUAAAAUACUUCUCUUCUGAGAAUCGUAUUUAGACAGAGAUGUUUAUGAUUUAACAAAGGAAUUCUGUAAAGCGUUCCCUGGUGCUGACACUGUUCUUAAUAGGAGGAGAUCCUGUUAGGAGGGGGAUAACAUGAUCAACAAGUCUUUUAAAUUGUGCUUCUUUAAAACGCACACGGGGGAACUACCUUUAUGGGGGCUUGUUCGUUUGCAAAUUAAAAAAGGGGCUUCAUUCGCUGACUUUCCCAACCAGGCAGCGUUAUGGGAAAGGGUAGGUAGGGAAGGCAGCGUGUGGCAAUAAAGGGGUUAAUCCGCAGAGCACAGAGCCAUCUGGCUGAGCUGGUUUGUUAUAAUCGAGCAGAUUAUGUUCACGGGACUCAGAGUUUAAGGCUCCUCUCCCAUAGAGCAACUCUGCACAGCCCAGGCAAACCAACUUUGGGACUUUGAAUGAACAUAUUUACAUCAACCUCUCUCUUCAUGUCGACUUUUCUGGAAACAUUCACACGGAUGCCAUGGUUACUCCUACCACGAUCUUACAGGUGAACAAGGUGAUGUCCAUCUUGUUUUAUGUGAUAUUUCUUGCUUAUCUUCGUGGCAUCCAAUCUACCAACAUGGAUCAAAGGAGUUUGCCAGAAGAUUCAAUAAAUUCUCUCAUUAUUAAACUCAUUCAGGCAGACAUUUUGAAAAACAAGCUCUCCAAGCAGAUGGUGGAUAUUAAGGAAAACUAUCAAAACACAAUGCAGAAAACAGAGGCUCAGCAGGACGUGGAUGGAGUUGAAAAUGUGAAAUCAGACUUCCAGCCAGUUAUCUCAAUGGAUGCAGAACUAUUAAGGCAACAGAAACGCUACAAUUCUCCCCGAGUCCUCUUGAGUGACAAUACCCCAUUGGAACCUCCACCUUUGUAUCUUAUGGAAGAUUAUAUUGGAAAUUCUGUAGUGGUGAACAGAACCUCCAGGAGGAAAAGGUAUGCAGAACAUAAGAGCCAUCGAGGGGAAUAUUCUGUAUGUGACAGUGAAAGUUUAUGGGUCACGGACAAAUCAUCCGCUAUUGACAUUAGAGGACACCAGGUAACUGUGCUAGGAGAAAUUAAAACAGGCAACUCUCCCGUCAAACAAUAUUUUUAUGAAACAAGGUGUAAAGCAGCCAAACCGGUAAAAAAUGGCUGCCGUGGCAUUGAUGAUAAACACUGGAACUCCCAGUGCAAAACAUCCCAAACGUAUGUAAGAGCACUGACUUCGGAAAACAAUAAACUCGUAGGCUGGCGAUGGAUAAGAAUAGACACAUCCUGCGUGUGCGCGUUGUCGAGAAAAAUAGGAAGAACAUAAGUCUGCAUUUCUUUGCUAUAUAAAUUAUUACUUUAAAUUAUGAUAUGCAUGUAGCAUAUAAAUGUUUAUAUGGUUUUAUAUAUUAUAAGUUGACCUUAUUUAUUAAACUUCAGCAAACCUACAGUAUAUAAGCUUUCUCUCUCAAUAAAUAGGAGUAAAAAGGCAUGUGCCUCAGCUGUGGGCAGCUGCAGUUUUAUUAGAAUAUGUUUGUGACUCUGCUUAUCAGCAGCAUACCAUAAUCUUACUGUAAAAUCUGUGUAACAUCAGUAUUUUUCAUUCAGUAUUGUCAAGCCAGUGACUGUCAUUUAGUAAACUUGUUAAAAAUCAGAUAAAUGUCAAGAGUUGUGUACCCAUUUCUAUCCCCUGCUAUCUAUUUUCACAAGACAAAGUGGGUGAGGCAAUAUAUUUUAUUGGAGCAACUUCUGCUGGUGAAAAAAAACAAA